AUGCCAAACUUGAAUCAAAAGCAAAUAGAAGAGUAUUUAGCUCUAAUAAAUGAUGGAGAGAGGUCGGAAGAUGAUCUUGAGGAGUCGGAUACAGAAGGUCAUGAGAAUUUUUGUGAAAAUCGAGACGAUCUUGAGAGUCCAUUAGAAGAGGAAAAUGAUGACCCCGAUAAUAAUCCAUUCAUGGCAGGAGACCCGCCAUUGAUAAAUGAAGCUACAGCAAAUGAUCAAGUGCCACAGGUUCCAUUCCCCUCAACAAGUCAAGCUAGUCGCCGAGCAACUAUGAGAGGACUCGUAUGGAAGGUAAAAAAUUUUGUUUUGAAUUCUGACCAGACAGCUUUUCAUGGAGACACUACAUAUCCACCAGAACUGAAGGAUGAGGCUACUACUGGUACUCCCUAUAGUAUUUUUUCACAUUUUAUUACAUCAGAAAUAGUUCAAAGGAUUGUGGAAGAGUCUAAUUUGUAUUCCGUUCAAAAAAAUGUGACUAAACCAUUAAAUUUGUCUGAAACUGAGCUAAGAAAGUUUAUGGCGAUACUGAUAUACAUGUCUGUUAUAAAAUAUCCCAAUGUACGGCUAUACUGGUCAAAUACUGUAGGUUUUCAACCAAUCAAGGACAUAAUGACUGUCAACAGAUUUGAGACUAUUCGUAGAUUUCUACAUUUCAACAAUAACGAGAAACAUUUACCCAAGGAACACCCAUAA